CCGACCCCGGCCGGCAUGAUGUGCCUGGAAUGCGCCUCGGCGGCGGCGGGCGGCGCGGAGGAGGAGGAGGCGGACGCGGAGCGGCGGCGCCGGCGCCGGGGGGCGCAGCGAGGGGCUGGCGGUGGCGGCUGCUGCGGGGCGCGGGGCGCGGGCGGCGCUGGAGUCGCGACCGCAGACGAUGAGGUGCAGACGCUGUCGGGCAGCGUGAGGCGGACCCCGCCCGGACCCUCUGGAACUCCCGGCACCCCCGGCUGCGCAGCUGCUGCCAAGGGCCCCGGCGCGCAGCCGCCCAAACCGGCCAGUUUGGGCCGCGGGCGGGGGGCAGCCGCAGCCAUCCUCAGCUUGGGCAACGUGCUCAACUACCUGGACAGGUACACCGUGGCAGGGGUCCUUUUGGACAUUCAGCAGCACUUCCGGGUCAAGGACCGAGAUGCCGGCCUGCUGCAGUCAGUGUUCAUCUGCAGCUUUAUGGUGGCCGCCCCCAUCUUCGGCUACCUGGGCGACCGCUUCAACAGGAAGGUGAUCCUCAGCUGCGGCAUCUUCUUCUGGUCAGCAGUCACCUUCUCCAGCUCCUUCAUCCCUCAGGAGUAUUUCUGGCUGCUGGUCCUGUCCCGCGGGCUGGUGGGCAUCGGCGAGGCCAGCUACUCCACCAUCGCGCCCACCAUCAUUGGUGACCUCUUUACCAAGAACACACGCACGCUCAUGCUGUCCGUCUUCUACUUUGCCAUCCCGCUGGGCAGUGGCCUGGGCUACAUCACUGGCUCUAGCGUGAAGCAGGCAGCUGGAGACUGGCACUGGGCCUUGCGGGUGUCCCCCGUACUGGGCAUGAUCACAGGAACGCUCAUCCUUGUCCUGGUCCCGGCCACUAGGAGAGGACAUGCAGACCAGCUUGGGGGGCAGCUCAAAGCACGCACCUCAUGGCUCCGGGACAUGAAGGCCUUGAUCCGAAACCGCAGCUACGUCUUCUCCUCCCUGGCCACGUCGGCUGUGUCCUUCGCCACAGGGGCCCUGGGCAUGUGGAUCCCACUCUACCUGUACCGCGCCCAAGUCGUGCAGAAGACGGCGGAGACAUGCAGCACCCCACCCUGUGGGGCCAAGGACAGCCUCAUCUUUGGGGCCAUCACGUGCUUCACGGGCUUCCUGGGUGUGGUCACAGGUGCAGGAGCCACGCGCUGGUGUCGCCUGCGGACCCAGCGGGCUGACCCACUGGUGUGUGCGGUAGGGAUGCUGGGCUCUGCCAUCUUCAUCUGCCUGAUUUUCGUGGCCGCCAAGAGCAGCAUCGUGGGGGCCUAUAUCUGUAUCUUUGUGGGGGAGACCCUGCUGUUUUCUAACUGGGCCAUCACGGCGGACAUCCUCAUGUAUGUGGUCAUCCCCACCCGCCGGGCCACCGCUGUGGCCCUGCAGAGCUUCACCUCCCACCUGCUGGGAGACGCUGGAAGCCCCUACCUCAUUGGCUUUAUCUCGGACCUGAUUCGUCAGAGCACCAAGGACUCCCCGCUCUGGGAGUUCCUGAGCCUGGGCUACGCCCUCAUGCUCUGCCCCUUCGUCGUGGUCCUGGGUGGCAUGUUCUUCCUCGCCACUGCUCUCUUCUUCCUCAGUGACCAAGCCAAGGCUGAGCAGCAGGUGAACCAACUGAUGAUGCCGUCCGCUUCCGUGAAAGUCUGAGGUGGUGCUGCUGGGACAACGAAGAACCCACGGUCCUACCUAGUCUGGAAGGUGUCCUCCAGUACCCUGGCCCAUCUGGGUUGUCCCAGAGCUUUCUGGGUGACCCAAGGCUGGGCACCCACCCUCUCUGGUCUGGGACUGCGGAGUGGCCCUGGAUCCGAGAAGAGGCCAUGUCCUCAGUCAGCCUGGAAGGUUCCAUCGGCUGGAGGCAUGCAGUUGGACAGAUGCCCAGCCCUGGAUUGGAGCUCCAGGGUCCCUGGGGCCAAGGGAGACAACCCCUCCAAGUGGUGGGUGUAGCGGGACAGCCUGGCCUGUCGCCGGCUUAUGUGAUCUUGGGCAAGUCCCUGCCCUGCCUGGACCAUGGGGCCAGAGGGCUGGACUUUCCCACGCAGCGUGAUGGGCAAGGCGCCAUCUGCAGCUUUGAAGACCCAACAGCCUCUGGACCAUACAAAGAAGAGGUGGCCCGGGCCUCAGGAAGGCAGUUCAGGCUCUGAGGAUCCCAAAGGGCCUGGAGUGCAGGGCCACUGCUUUGGGAUGUCGGACUCAGCCUGGCGAGCAGAGCCGGGUACCCAGACCAGCCAGCUCACUCUAGAGGACAGUGGUCGUCACAGCCUGGGGCUGGCUCUCAGCCUGGCGGUCUCCCAGGUAGGGCCCAUGCCAGGUCAGAGCUGGCAUCACCAGGGGUGAAGACCCUGGUAACAUCUAUACGAUGCUGCCGCACCUGGGCUCAAGAUGGCAGUCAGGCUAAUCUCUGGGGGCUACCCCCCCACCUCUGCAGGGCUCCCUAGAGCACCGCUGCUGUCCAUGUCUCCCCACCCCCCAGGAGCCAGGAACCCACACCCCCUCCCUGGGGCGGGCUGGGCUUUUCCAGGGGCAGCACCCAGGGGACCAUUCCCAGAAUUCAUGGGGCAGCAGCCAGGGCUCUGGCAGCCAGAGGAAGCAGCCGUCCACCAAGCUUCCUGCUCUAGGGAAAGAGCUUGGUGGAGGUGGAGGUCCUCCCGGAUGGGCCAACACCCCAGAACCACCCCAGGCACACCUCCACCCAAACAUGGGCUGCUGAUGCUUCCACACACUCCACUACGCCCCCUAGCAGCCAGGCCUUCAUCGGCCUCUGAUCACCCACACACUCAUUUGCACACACCCCACCCUCAUAGCUAGUGUGCUGUGGCUCCUUGGUGGAGCCCAUCCUCCUGCUCUGUAAUUCCUGUACACUUGCUGGAACCUAAGGGGUUUCUGUUCUGGGGCAUCCCUCGUUGCCAGUAGGAGACCCCAAGGGCCGGCUUGGACAAUGCUUUUCCACCCCUUAGUUACCUACCAGCUAGCCCUGGCUUCAGUGGUGUGUAAGCUAGUGGAAUACCCACUUCCCACCAAGCCCUGGGGCACCCUGGGGGACCUGGCAAGGGGGUGGGGCAGGGGGUGGUAUCCCCCAAGCCCAGCCUGGCCUCCACCCCCUAUCCGGACCUCCGCUGGGGCCCCAGGAAUGUUUUCUUGUUGUACAAGAACCAGGUCCAAGUGUUGCCUCCUCUUCCUUCCGGAAGCCAAACUGCUCCUUUAUUUUUUAGAGCUGCUGAUUGUGAAUCUCAGCAUCUAAGAGAAGCCAAAUAUAUUCCUCUUGUAAAUGAAGAAAUA